AUAUUGCAACGGAAAAUCCAAUCCAAUAGAGCAACCGACAGCUUCAGCCACAAUAAUGCUCUAGUUCGUAGCCGGCCUAGUAGCUACCAAUGUUACAGAGGUAUGAUGGAAGACCGCCUUGUGCUUGUCAAGAAAUGGGAGGCAGAGUAUAGUUCCCGCAAUGGAAAGACUUGUUGUGACAUAGCAAUAUCAUCAAUGGUUAGUGGUCACAAGAAUUUCCUCAAGCUGUUAGGAUGCUGUCUUGAGUUCCCUUAUCCAGUUCUAGUCUAUGAAUAUGCAGAGAGUAUAAUAUGCAGACCACAAAAUGGAUCAAAAUAUCUAUUUGAUGUGAAUUUACCAUGGAAUAUGAGAAUGAAGAUUGCAAAGGAGGUAGAAGACGCUUUAACAUACCUUCACACUGCAUUCUCAAAGAGUAUCAUCCACAAAGAUAUAAUACCGUGUAAGAUCUUCUUGGAUGAGAAAGGGACAGCUAAGCUUACUGAGUUCGACAACUCUGUUUUGAUUCCAGAAGGAGAAAAGUUUGUUGAAGAUGUUAUAGAGGGAACAUUUGGGUACCUUGAUCACAACUAUAUGAAUACUGGGAGAGUAACAGAGAAUACUGAUGUCUAUGGCUUUGGAGCAUUCAUGCUUACUCUUUUGACCGCAAUGAACCCGAGUCUUGUUGACAAACUAUACAAGGAUUGUCCUAUCAAGUUGGUUGAAGACGACAGGUUUGUUGAGAUUAUUGAUCCAGAGGUGUUGGAAAACUGCAAGGAACAAGAGCUAUUGCAAAUGAAAGCUAUCCUCAUACUUUCACUGAGAUGCAUUGGCUGUGUAGGAGAAGUUCCAAAAAUGAUUGAAGUUGGCAAAGAACUUAAGAGGAUGCUUGUUCAAGCCAAAACCAAAUUGCAUUAAGCAGCAAGCUUUUCUUUAUACAUCACACUAUAUAAGACUUUUUAUCUUUCACAUAGAUUUGGAUCUCCCAAACCAUUCUUGAAGAAAAAAAACACUCACAGCUUUUUACAAUUAGUCCAUACUACAUAAAGAUUUUAACUUAGUUUCUUAUACAUAUGCAACAUCUAGCGAUCUAUUAGAAAAUAGGUUUAUGUAUCAGUUUAAUCU